AUGUUUGGCUUGGAUGGCUUCGGGGCCAGGGCCAGCGCUCCUCAGCUGGAUUUCAAGUUCUCAGACGAUGCAGAGGUCUACGAGCGGGAGCUGGACCGGCUGACCACCGGCCAGGGGCCGGUGUCCUUCGAGCUAGAGACAGCAGAGCACCGCCCAGCGGCCAGCUGGCACCACGCCGCUUUCCACACCGUCACGGCCGUGGUGGGGGCGGGCGUGCUGGGACUGCCUCACGCCUUCAGCUUCUUGGGCUGGGCCGCGGGCCUGCUGCUGCUCACCCUGCUGUGCGGCUUCAGCAUCUACACGUCAUACCUGCUGGCAGCGCUGCACGAGGCGCCAGGGGGCGAGCGGCUCAACACCUACCGCGAGAUGGGUGCCGCCAUCCUUGGCGCGCAGCGCGGCAAGCUGGCUGUAGCCACCGUGCAAUAUACGCUGAUGGCGGGCCUGUGUAUCACUUACUCCGUUACGGCCGGGCAGAGCCUGAAGGGCGUCGCCAGCGAGGAGUGCGACGGCAAGGACUGCCAGGAGGGCAUGGGUGUGUGGAUCGUGGCUUUCGGUGCCGUGCAGCUGCUGCUCAGCCAGGUGCCCGACUUCCACUCGCUCUGGUGGAUCUCCCUGCUGGGGGCCGUCAUGAGCUGCGGCUACUGCUCCAUCGCCAUCGCCAUGAGCGGGGCGCACGCGGCGGCCCACGGCCCCUCCACCGACCUGCGCCACGAGGGGCUGUCCACAGCGGACCGCGUGUUUGGGGUGUUCAACGCGCUGGGAGGGGUGGCCUUCACCUUUGGAGGCCAGGCUGUGCUGCCAGAGAUCCAAGCCACCCUGGCCCGGCCGCCGCCCACGGUGCAGACGAUGAUGCGGGGCCUCACCCUGUCGUAUGUAGUCGUCAUCCUGGCCUAUUAUGGGGUGGCCGUGACGGGGUAUGCAGCCUUUGGGGCGGGCGUGGGCGCAGACGUGCUGCUGAACCUGAAGGAGCCUGCGGGGCUGAUGGCGGCGGCAAACCUGAUGGUGGUGCUGCACGUGGCGGCGGCGUGGCAGGUCUUUGCCAUGCCCAUCUUUGACGCCGUGGAGACCGCCAUCCGGCGGGCCAUGCGCUCGCCGCCGCGCCCGCUGGCCAUGCGGCUGUGCGUGCGCUCCGCGUACGUGGCGGCCGUCACGCUGGUGGCCUGCCUGCUGCCCUUCUUCGGAGAGCUGAUGGGCCUGAUUUCGAGCAUCGGGCUCGUGCGCGCCAUGGCGCCUGCUUGCUUGGCUGGCUGGCAGCCCAUCACCUUCAUCCUGCCGCCCAUCAUGUGGAUCAAGGCGCGGGCGCCCACGGGCGCCGAGCUGGCCCUGAACCUCGUCAUCGCCGCCUCCUGCUCCCUCAUCGCCCUGCUGUCGCUCAUAGGCAGCGCCCGCAACAUCGCCGUGCUGGCGGGCGAGUUUUCCCUCUUCAACUGAUCGCCCAGCUGGGCGGGGCCCGCUUUGCUGGCCUGCUCCGCCUGCCCUCGCUCCCCCGGCUGCCUCCAGCUGCCUCCAGCUGCCGGCCAGCAAGGCUUUCACCUUUCAGCUGAGCGUGCCCCUUCUGUUGCGUGCUGGCCGUCCCCAGCUGCCGUCACCGCCAUCCAGACCUGCUUGUGAACACUGUUUGGUGGGCUUGAUUUCAUAUCUUAUUCUGCUUUUCGUCCCUGCUCUCAGCUCCCAGCUGCCCUCUGCCGUUUAUCCCUUUGAUACUGCCGUUUACAAUAAGCAUGCCGC